AUGCGCGGUCGCCUUUGUGUGGGUCGAGCGGCGGCGGCGGCGGUGGUGGUGGCGGCAGUGGCGGUCCCACUGGCAGGCGGGCAAGAGGGGAGUCCGGGCGGCGUCCGGCGUGGGAGCCGGGGGACCACCAUGGUAAAGAAGCGGAAAGGCCGUGUCGUGAUCGACUCGGAUACGGAGGACAGCGGCAGCGACGAGAACCUGGAUCAGGAGCUCUUGUCCCUGGCAAAGCGGAAGCGCAGUGACUCUGAGGAGAAGGAGCCUCCUGUGAAUCAGCCUGCAGCCUCAUCAGACUCAGAAACAUCAGACAGUGAUGAUGAGUGGACAUUUGGGAGCAAUAAAAAUAAGAAGAAAGGAAAAGCCAGAAAAAUAGAGAAGAAAGGAGCCAUGAAGAAACAAGCCAACAAAACUGCCUCCUCGGGCAGUUCAGACAAAGACAGUUCAGCUGAGAGCUCAGCUCCUGAGGAAGGUGAAGUGUCAGACUCUGACAGCAACAGCUCCUCCUCCAGUUCAGACUCAGACUCCUCGUCAGAAGAUGAAGAGUUCCAUGAUGGCUAUGGAGAGGAUCUUAUGGGAGAUGAGGAAGACAGGGCCCGACUGGAGCAGAUGACGGAGAAGGAGAGGGAGCAGGAGCUGUUCAACCGCAUAGAGAAGAGGGAGGUGUUGAAAAGAAGAUUUGAAAUUAAGAAAAAACUAAAAACGGCCAAAAAGAAAGAAAAGAAAGAAAAAAAGAAAAAGCAGGAAGAAGAACAAGAAAAGAAAAAGCUGACUCAGAUUCAAGAAUCUCAGGUGACUUCCCACAACAAAGAACGGCGCUCCAAGCGGGAUGAGAAACUAGAUAAGAAAUCUCAAGCCAUGGAGGAGCUAAAAGCAGAGCGAGAAAAACGGAAGAACAGAACGGCUGAACUCCUCGCCAAAAAACAGCCAUUGAAAACCAGUGAGGUUUACUCUGAUGAUGAGGAAGAGGAAGAUGACGACAAGUCCAGUGAGAAGUCAGACCGCUCCUCCCGAACGUCGUCAUCUGAUGAAGAAGAAGAGAAAGAAGAAAUUCCUCCAAAAUCACAGCCAGUCUCCUUACCUGAAGAACUGAAUCGGGUUCGCUUAUCAAGGCAUAAGCUAGAACGCUGGUGUCACAUGCCCUUCUUUGCUAAAACUGUCACAGGAUGUUUUGUACGGAUUGGCAUCGGAAACCACAAUAGCAAGCCAGUUUACCGGGUGGCUGAGAUCACAGGCGUUGUGGAAACUGCCAAAGUGUACCAGUUGGGUGGCACCAGAACAAACAAAGGGCUACAGCUACGGCAUGGCAAUGACCAACGAGUGUUCCGCCUAGAGUUUGUGUCAAACCAAGAAUUCACUGAAAGUGAAUUCAUGAAGUGGAAAGAAGCGAUGUUUUCUGCUGGCAUGCAGCUGCCCACACUAGAUGAAAUCAAUAAAAAGGAAUUAUCAAUUAAAGAAGCUCUCAAUUAUAAAUUCAAUGAUCAGGACAUUGAGGAGAUUGUAAAAGAGAAAGAAAGGUUCAGAAAAGCUCCACCAAACUAUGCUAUGAAGAAGACUCAGCUGCUAAAGGAAAAGGCCAUGGCUGAGGACCUGGGAGAUCAGGAUAAAGCCAAGCAAAUACAAGACCAGCUAAACGAGCUGGAGGAGAGGGCAGAAGCCCUGGACCGCCAGCGGACCAAGAACAUAUCUGCUAUCAGCUACAUCAACCAGCGGAAUCGGGAGUGGAACAUUGUGGAGUCUGAGAAGGCCCUGGUGGCUGAAAGUCACAACAUGAAAAACCAGCAGAUGGAUCCCUUUACCAGGCGGCAAUGCAAACCCACCAUCGUUUCCAAUUCCAGAGACCCAGCUGUUCAGGCUGCCAUUUUGGCCCAGCUAAAUGCGAAAUAUGGUUCUGGAGUAUUACCAGAUGCUCCAAAGGAAAUGAACAAGGGUCAGGGAAAGGAUAAAGAUUUGAAUUCUAAGUCAGCCAGUGACCUCUCAGAAGACUUGUUCAAAGUACAUGACUUUGAUGUGAAGAUUGACUUACAGGUUCCAAGCUCAGAGUCAAAAGCUUUGGCCAUCACUUCCAAGGCCCCACCAGCCAAGGACGGAGCUCCAAGGAGAUCUCUGAACUUAGAAGACUACAAAAAACGACGGGGGCUUAUUUGAGCGCUCGCAGCCUGCUGCUUCCAACCCUGCAUGCCCUGUCGUCCUCCCACCUUCCCUCUUUUCCUCUGAUUUGCCCUCUUUGGGCUGGAGCAGCCGUGGAGCUGGGAAGAGACUCUAAACUGCCAGUCAUUGUAACAUAAACUAUUUGCUGUAUAGACCUCCCUUGUCUGCACCAUCUCCACCAGCCCUCCCAGGCCCCACCCAAGGUGGAUCUGGGUUGGUUGGGGAUUCUUUUCCAUGUCUUUAGAUUUGUGUUUGCCCUCCCCACCCACUUUUGGUUUUUAACUAGCACAGUUCGGCCACGCUGCGCAUUCAGUAUUACCAUGGAGCUGGGGCUCUUCCUGGAGCCCAUGGUGGCAGUAGCGGCAGCACCUCAGUGUCCUCUUCAGACUGCCUUGGGUCAGACCAUGGAACAUUUGGUAUCUAACCCUUGCAGAGAGAGUCGGGGCUGGGCGUCUGCCAUCCUCUUUUCUCUCAUCUUCCUCUUCUUCCUGUGUCCAUGGAAGAGGGAUUUUCAAAACCAGUUUAGUUUCCAAAAAGUGUACAUUUAUGGGGAGGGAGGGGGUCUAAUCUGAGAGAGAGAGAGUGUGUGUGUGUGUGUGUGUGUGUGUGUGUGUGUAUGUAUGUGUGUGGAUUUUUUAUCAUUUUUUAAAAUGCAGUACUCUUUGUAUCAGUCUGUCAUGGGUCUAUAGCUGUUUCAGAUUUUUUUUUUUUUUUUUGAGCUGUACUUGAGCAUCUGAAACUGCAAGAAAGAAACUGAUUAAAUGUGAUUCUUCUUACUAAACAGGCCUGACUGCUGUAGCUGUGUGACUCCCCUCCCCCUCUACCCAGCCCUGCCCUCCCCCACUGGAAACCCCCGUCUAGCCUACUUGCCCCACAGGCUAGGUCCUGAUUGGGGGCAGGAUGCUCGUGGCAGGUCCCGGGAAAGGCAGCCAAAGAGCCUUGCUCACUCCCCAGGCACAGCCUGUCGCUUCCUGACUUACCCCAGCGUGUCUCAUCCCCACCCAGUCUACCUGGCUCUUCCUGGUGACUCUGCUUGAUGUUUGGCAAGAAUAACUCGUUCUGUUUUUUGAAGAAAUGAUUCAACAUGGAUGUGGAGAGCAAAUAGAAAAAGAUGUAGGUUGCAAAUGUUACCAGCAUGUGCAGCGGUGUGUGCGUGCCUGUGUGUGUCUGUGUGAGCGCAUAUAUAUGGUAAGCAUAUAUAUACUGUUGUGCAGCUAGGGUGAAGCCAGCAAAGAGGUGUGUAUGUCAUUAUGAAAUGUUUGAAAAGAGAUAAGCUGACUGCUUGAUAAUCAUUCUCAGGUGUAAAGCUCCAACUGUAAAUAAAAGUGGCAUUUAACAAAUCUUUUCAGAACAAAGUACAGCUGAUGAUAUUCACCAAGCACUAAGCUAAAGAAACAGCUGAGAGCCGCUGAUCUCCACAGUGAUGAGGAACCGAGCUCUGCUCUGGACUUCACUGACUUUUGUAUGAGGGAGGAAUGAUGGGAAAUCAUGGAAUUAAGUAGUAUUUAAACAAAAAUGGACUUUAUAGCUCUUCUGGUUGAGUAAAGCCUGGGUGUUGCUUUAUCCUAGUUUACAUUUUUACUUUUUUACAAAGCAGCAACAAAGGUUUUGAAGAAGUGUUGUGACUGUAGAAUUGGGAAAUAUGGCUGUGCCCCAGCUUUGUCGUAGCUGUGGCACAGAGGCGGACAAAGGAGCGGUGAUGGACUUGUUGCGAUCAUACAUACUUGAAGAGUCCAUUGACCGAAGCUCUUUAUAUAGACAGUUAUGGCAGUGUGGAAUCACAGAUCACUGAACGCCACGUGCACUCUGGCAAAGCCCUGGAGCUUCUGGGACCUCUCCCAUCAUGUCAUACUUGGACUUUUUUUCUUCUUGUUUAAAGGACAUAAAACCAUAGAAUCCAUAUAAUCUGUGGCGUCAUCCUGACCCACAUAUAGAUCUGUAUCUUUUAUCAUUUGGCUUUGGACAAGUGUCAAUGACAUUAUGGCUGUGUAAUAAAAUUUUUAUUGAAACUGCCACACACUGUAGCCCCUUUGCCACCCCCACCUGCAGCUGCUGAAACCCUCAUGCCAAAGCACAGGGCAGGGAAAAAAGCCCGCCAAAGAAGAUGGAAAGUUACCCUAGUCACUGCCCUGCCUGCCUGGUGAUUCUGAUCAACAUUCACCAUCUACCCGCAGGCUCACCUGAGGCUCACCUCUGAGCCAAGAUCUCAGCCAGUCAGAAGACAUUAGCUUUGUCCCAACAACUGGCUUCCUUGUGGCUCAGUGUUUCUUUUGCUGGUGAAUAGCUUCAGUGGCUCCUCCAUCACCCCAACUUCACGUCAUUGUUGAAGAGUAUAACACCAAUGGCUGUCUCCUACAUUUUUUCAGUUCUGGGAAGUAAGAGUCGGUGUCCAUAUGCCUAGCUCAUGCUGUCUGUAGAUCUGUUGUCUCUCUGAUUUCUGACACGGGCAGAGAAAGUCUGCUUUUGUUAUUUUUUUUCUGUGAAGUCCUGACUUGUCACCCAAACUGUAAAUAUAUUUGUAAAUAAACUUGAUGGCAUUUUAACAAGGGA